GGUGGUCUCUGUAGGAAAUGUCCAAAGUUCACGCAUCCAAAAUGUAAUGGUUGACGGUUGAAGGCUAUAAAUAUGCAGAGGCACAUGAGAAUAUCCCUGACACACUUUUGAUUAAGGAAUAACUAGGAUCUAAGUGUAAAUCCAAGGCAGACCUACAGCGAGGAAAAUGAAUGGACCUUUAGGCCUACUCGUCCUCUUGGUGGUGAACCUGGUGUUAGUGAGUGGCACUCCGGUGGUAGUGGGCGACCCUACGGUGGUGCUGAGCGACACUCCGGUGGUGCUGAGUGGCACUCCGGUGGUGCUGAGCGACACUCCGGUGGUGCUGAGCGACACUCCGGUGGUAGUGAGCGGCACUCCGGUGUCGCUUCCAGUGGAUUGCAGCGACCUCUAUAGCAACGGCUUCGGUAACAGUGGCGUCUAUACGAUCUUUCCAGCGGGACCCACUUCCCCGGUUCAGGUGUUCUGUGAAAUGGGCAGCAUGGAUGCACCAGAUAGUGACAAAUGGACGGUCAUUCAAAGAAGGACUGAUGGCACCAUUAACUUCUACCGUGGGUGGGAACAGUACAAGACUGGAUUCGGACAAGCGCCAAGUGAAUACUGGUUGGGUCUGGAGAAUAUCCAUCUCCUGUCUGGGAAAAAAAGCUAUAAGCUGAGAGUGGACAUGGAGGACUUCGAUGGUGCAAAGGUAUCGGCGGAGUAUUCCUCCUUCAACGUGGCCCCUGAGAAGGACGGAUACAGGCUCACGUUAAGUGGCUUCAAAGACGGUGGCGCGGGAAAUUCGUUGGAUUAUCAUAAUGGUCAGAAGUUCUCAACGUUUGAUAUGGACCAAGAUUCCCAUGCUACAAACUGUGCAAAAACCUACCUUGGAGGAUGGUGGCACAAUGAAUGCCAUCAUACCAACCCUAACGGGGAGUAUUUGUGGGGCGAAUCACCCUAUGGCCUUGGAGUUAAUUGGCAUUCUUGGAAAGGACGGACGUAUUCCUUAAAAGCCAUUGCAUUUAAGUUAAGUCCCCAACUGGAACUGGAUGCUAUUGGAUGAAUUGUAGUAGAAUUACAAUUCAUUGACAGUGUGACUAUUUAGCUGACGAGGAUUAGGCCAAUUACAUUAAAUCAUAAGUCAAUAUAUACAACGUCCACAUGUUAUGCCAUCAGAUGGGAUUUCAGCAUUAUAAUUUUGAGGCCUUUUAUUCAAUAAAGAAUGAGAACA